CUGGAUUCAGGAAGUGGUUUCUGGGAAAGGCUUGUGGGCUUCCUGACAACUGGAGCGUCAAGUCCCAGUAAACGAGGAAAACUGCUAGGUCAACAAUUAGCUAACGUAUAAAUCCAACAAUAUUUAUUUUAUCAGAAAAGGGAACGAUGGAAGCCGACUCAGUGUUCUACACUGAUCGUAGUGGAAGAGUCACCAGUAACCUACUGCUGGACCAGCUUCCCAGUUACCAGUCCCUGCUGUACCGCAGGAAGUCAUCGACUGGCGCUACCAAGCGAAGGAGCAGCUCCAGAGCGCGACUCAGCUCCUCUGGUAGUGGGAAAUGGGCUGUGAACACAGUCAACAGAAAUGAGGAGAAACAGAAGAACCAGACAGAGCAGAGACCGAUCAGAGAACUAGCCAAGACCAUGGCUGAGAAACGCAGAGACAAAACGCAACGCCUUGAAGAUGAUCGAGAGCUCAGCAGCUGGCGACAGUGGAGGCAAAGCACCCGCAGGUAUCUGAGGAGGCUGAGAGAUGAUGCCCGAGAAUGGCUGAGCUCCCUGCAGCUCUGGAGAGGACACAUCCACCUGAUAGAGGGGAUGUUCGGCACAGGGAUCCUGUCUUACUUUUCGUUCCUGCGCUUCCUGGUCAUGCUCAACUUGAUCAUCUUCGUGAUUAUGUUCAGCUUCGUCAUGUUGCCCAUCGUCAUUGCCCCCCACAUCGCAGGGAAUAUUACCUACAACCAGAAUGAUGGUAGCGUGUGCAGCGUGUAUCCAAGCAGCGCUCGCCGAGGUCUUGUCAUCUUCCACGAGCACAUCACCGACCUGCUCUCUGGCGGAGGCUUCCUAGAACAGACCUAUCUUUUCUAUGGCUACUAUAAAGUGGACAAAAUCCACUUUCCAAUGACCACCUAUAAUUUACCACUGGCCUACCUGCUGGCCACUGUCGCGUACCUCUUUCUAAGUCUCGUCUGGAUUGUCAAAAGGUCCGCCACAGGAUUCAAACGCAACCUGGUUCAGGAUGAGGACCGCUUCCAGAGUUUUUGCAACAAGAUCUUUGCUGGCUGGGACUUCUGCAUCACCAAUGAGAACGCUGUAAAGCUGAAGAGAAGCAGUCUGCUCUAUGAGCUUAAGACGGAUUUGGAGGAGGAGAGGAUCAAGCAGAAAAUUGCAGAUCGCACCCGCAAAGAGAAGUGUCGGAUUUAUCUCAUCCGCUUCAUCCUCAACCUUUUUGUCAUUGGUGUUCUGGCUGCUUGCUUCUACAGCAUCUAUGUAGCCACUAUCUUCUCCCAGGAAGCACAGAUGGAUAAAAAAAAGGAGAAUUUCAUCGUGGAUCUCAUCCAUGAGUAUCUGCCCUCAAUUGUUAUCACCUUGGCCAACUUCAUCACACCCCUCCUCUUCUCCGUUAUCAUCAACUUUGAGGACUACUCACCCGCCUUCGAGAUCCGCUUCACCCUCAUGAGGUGUGUCUUCAUGCGGUUGACCAGUAUUGGGGUUUUGCUCUUCUCUCUCUGGUCUCAGAUCACUGACUGUGAAAAGGAGUCCUGCAUCUGUGGCUACAACCAUGUGCUUUACUCUUGUUGGGAGACCCGUGUUGGUCAGGAAAUGUACAAACUCACCAUCUUUGAUUUCAUCAUCAUUGUCGCAGUCACCAUCUUUGUGGAGUUUCCCCGAAAGCUAAUAGUGAAGUACUGUGACUGUGGUCUGGCUAAGUGGUGGGGCCAGCAGGAGUUUGCUAUUCCUCAGAAUGUGCUUGAGAUUGUCUACGGUCAGACGAUAUGCUGGAUCGGCACGUUCUACUGCCCAAUGCUGCCUGCCAUCUGCACCAUCAAAUACUUCUUCAUCUUCUACAUCAAAAAGGUAUCAUUGAUGAAUAACUGCCGUCCAGCCACACGUCCAUUCAGAGCUUCCAGCUCCAACUUCUUCUUCCUCGGCGUGCUGCUGAUAGGCCUGGCUCUGGCAUGUGUACCUGUCACAGUUAGUGUAGCACAAAUAAACUGUUCCCAGGCAUGUGGACCAUUUGUUAAUUACACCACCUCCUGGGAGGUGCUGCCAAGGACGGUAUCCCAGCUACCCCAUGGAGUCCAAACGCUCCUCUUUGCUCUUGCAUCAGAGGCUUUUGCUGUUUCCUUCUUUGUCAUUACAUGUUUGGCCAUGUUUUAUGUGAUCGCAUUGGCUGGAGCUCACAAGAGAGUUAUUAACCAACUAAGGGAGCAACUUGCCAUGGAGGGCCGUGACAAGCGUUUCCUGAUCCAGAAGCUGUGCCAGGCCCAGAGGCUCUCAGCUGUCAGAUCCCCUGUGUCCAAAUCUCAGCCCCGCACCAGCAGAAGCAGCCCCAGCUACCACACCAGCUUCUCCAACAAUUUCGAUGAAGGAGUGUUCCUGGCACAUCCACCUCCAGUCUCCUCCACACAUCAGCUCAGCUGGUGCGGAACCGGAGGCAGCGUGCUGUCGCUCGGCUCAACGACAGAUCAGAUAUCAGCCAAAAUGUUGAGAAUUACGAUCCGGGCAGACAUGCGAGCCCUUUGGGUUUUAUUCUGUAUUGUGUAUUCUCAGUUCCUUACCGUAUCCUCCGAUGACAUAGUGGUGGCAUGCGGAGGAUUUGUGAAAUCCGACGUUGAAAUCAAUUACUCUCUGAUCGAGAUUAAACUAUACACCAAACAAGGCUCCUUGAAAUAUCAAACUGAUUGUGCUCCAAUCAAUGGCUACUUCAUGAUCCCUCUAUAUGACAAGGGAGACUUUGUUUUGAAGAUUGAACCCCCCCUCGGGUGGAGCUUUGAGCCUACCAGUGUUGACCUUCAUAUAGAUGGAGUCAGUGACAUCUGUACAAAAGAGGAAGACAUCAACUUUGUGUUCACUGGCUUUUCUGUCUCAGGAACGGUUCUGAGUAAGGGCCAUCUCCUGGGCCCGGCAGGAGUGGAAGUCAAACUCAGCCCAGCGGGAACAGAAGAGAAACUCCAGAGUGUCGUCACACAGCCUGGAGGAAAGUACACCUUCUUCAAAGUGCUCCCCGGAAAUUUCGACAUUACAGCUUCCCAUCCCUCUUGGAGUCUGGAACAGAGUACCACAUCAGUGCACGUCUCCAAUGCCAAUGCCCCGGCUGCCGACCAUCUGGUGGUCGGAGGCUAUGACGUCUCGGGGGAAGUCCGCAGUGAUGGAGAGCCCAUGAAAGAGGUCACCUUCCUACUGUACUCAGCCACAGUCAAGAGAGAGGACGUCAGUGGUUGCAACACAUCCCCAGUGGAGGGAGCAGAUUCUGGGGACAGCUCCCUGGUCUACCUGUGCAGUGCUCUGUCCAGGGAAGAUGGCACCUUCCUCUUCCCCUCACUGGCCAGUGGAGAAUACACUGUGGUGCCGUUCUACAGGGGAGAAAGGAUCACUUUUGAUGUUGCUCCCUCUAGAAUGAAUUUCAAGGUGGAGCACAACAGUUUGAAGCUAGAGCCCAUCUUUCGCGUCAUGGGCUUCUCUGUGACAGGUCGAGUUCUCAACACCGUCGACGGGGAGGGUGUACCUGACGCCACGGUGUCCCUCAACAACCAGAUCAAAGUCGUCAGCAAGGAAGAUGGUUCUUUCCGGCUGGAGAACAUGACAGCUGGUACCUACACCAUCCGUGUCAAUAAGGAGCUCAUGUUCUUUGAGCCAAUCACAGUAAAGAUCGCCCCCAACACACCGCAACUUCCUGACAUCAUCACGGCAGGGUUCAGCGUUUGUGGUCAGAUCUCCAUCAGCCGCCUGCCUGAAGGCAUGAAGCAGCAGGGUCGCUACAAGGUCACUCUGACACACCAGGGCCAGGACAAGACCUCCGGCCGGACUGUCGACUCCGACCCCCAGGGAGCUUUCUGCUUUCAGGCCAAACCUGGAGACUACAGCGUCCAGGUGUCUCUCCCUGAAGUGGAGGUAAAAGCAGGCCUGGCUCUGCAGCCUCAGGCCCUGGAGGUCUCCCUUGUGGACCGGCCCCUCACAGACCUACUUUUCACCCAAUUCAUGGCCUCUGUCUCGGGGAAGGUCUACUGUUUAGCAUCCUGUGAUGACCUGUCAGUAACACUUCAACCCGUGAGUCGGCAAGGAGAGAGAAGAGCGGUGGCUCUUUCUGGCAGCAGCGACAUCCUCAGCUUCUCUUUUGACAACGUUCUUCCCGGGAAAUACAAAGUGAGCAUUUCUCAUGAGGAGUGGUGCUGGAAGCACAAGUCCAUGGAAGUGGAGGUUCUGGACUCUGACGUCUUGGGAGUGGAGUUCAGACAGAUUGGAUACAUCCUGCGCUGCUCCCUCUCCCAUGCCAUCACUCUGGAGUUCUUCCAAGAUGGCAGCAAACCUGAGAAUGUCGGCGUGUACAACCUCUCUAAGGGAGUCAACCGCUUCUGCCUCUCCAAGCCUGGUGUUUACAAAGUCACCCCUCGCUCCUGCCACCAGUUCGAGCAAGACUUCUACACCUAUGAUACCUCGGCACCCAGUAUCCUGACUCUCACUGCAGUGCGGCAUCACAUGACCGGGCUCAUCACCACCGACAAGAUCCUAGACGUCACAGUCACCAUCAAAUCAUCCAUCGAGAGCGAGCCGGCGCUGGUGCUGGGCCCCCUUCGGAGCCAGGAGGAGCAGAGACAGGAGCAGCAGCUGCAAGAGAUUCAACUGCGCCGUCAGGAACGAGAGCGCCGCGCCGCCGAAGAGGACGGAGGUGCCAGAGACGAUAGCCCUCCUAUCCAAGAGAAGGCUGAUGAACUGACAGGCCCCUUCCAUUAUGAGUUUUCCUACUGGGCCAGGGCUGGAGAGAAGAUCACAGUGACUCCCUCCUCCAAGGAGCUGCUGUUUUAUCCCCCUGAAGUAGAGGCUACCAUCACCGGAGAGUCCUGUCCAGGUCGUCUGGUCGACAUAUCAGGACGUGCGGGUCUCUUCCUGGAGGGCAAGGUAUCACCAGAGCUACAGGGUGUGGAGAUUUCCAUCACUGAGAAAGGAGCUGCUGCACCACUCAUCACUGUGGCCACUAAUGAGAUGGGGGCAUACAGCGUGGGUCCACUCCACAGCGACCGGCAGUACGACAUCAGCGCCAGUAAAGAAGGUUUUGUUCUGAGUCCUGUGGAGGGAACCCAGGGAGAUUUCAAGGCGUUCGCACUGGCUGGUGUCACCUUCAAGAUAAAAUCAGAGGAUGGUCACCCCCUGUCAGGAGUUCUUCUGUCUCUGAGUGGAGGACAGUUUCGCUCCAAUCUGUUGACUCAGGAAACUGGCCUCCUUACCUUCAAUAACCUGAGUCCUGGUCAGUACUACUUCAAGCCCAUGAUGAAGGAGUUCCGCUUUGAGCCGGCAUCUCAGAUGAUCACAGUGGAGGAGGGUCAAAACCUCAGUAUCGAUAUAACUGGCAUUAAGACCGCAUACAGCUGCUACGGAGCGGUGCAGUCUCUGAGUGGGGACGCGGAGAGGGACGUGGCGGUGGAGGCGGUGGGCCAAGGAGAGUGUAGCCUCUACAGCGAGGACACCAUUACCGAUGAGGAGGGCCGCUUCAGACUCAGGGGUCUGCUGCCUGGUUGCAAGUACCUGAUUCAGCUGCGAGCUGAAGGCAACGACCACAUAGAGAGAGCACUACCACAACACAGAGCUAUAGAGGUCGGCAGUAAUGACAUUGGAGGGGUCAACAUCAUUGCCUUCAGGCAAAUUAAUCAGUUUGACCUUAGUGGAAAUGUCAUCACGUCCCCUGAGCAUCUCGCAACGCUAUCGGUGAAGCUGUAUAAGAGUGACAAUCUGGACAACCCAAUCAACAGUGUUUCUCUGGGACAGUCCCUCUUCUUCCACUUCCCUCCUCUGGACAGAGAUGGAGAGAGCUACGUGCUGAUGCUUUACUCCACGCUGUCCCGUUCGCAGUAUGAUUUCACUCUGCCCCAGGUCUCCUUCACCUCCACCGGCUACCACAAGCACAUCACGCUUACCUUCAACCCCACCCGUAAAGUGCCUGACCAGGAUGUUGCCCAGGGCUCAUACAUAGCUCUGCCCCUCACUCUGCUGCUCCUGUUAGCAGCAUACAACCAUGAAAAGGUCAUCCCCCUGCUGUUACAGGUGGUGAAUCGUAUCCAGGGUGUGAGGAGCAUGGCCCAAGCCAGCGGUGACAGCGCUGCUCUGGAUGAAGCCAAACGCCAGGCCAAGAGACAGAAGGCCAGGCGUACAUGAGGACACAACCGUGACUCACACAGUGCACCUCAGACCACGUCUUUGUACACUAAGUAUUACACUAGCACCCGUGAUCACAGCCUCACUGUGUGUUAGCUCAUAGUACAUGUUGGUUAACUAGAUUAAAUUCUUAACUUUG